AUGGGGUCUAAACUCGACAGACGAAUCCGCCUUUUCGUGCCAAUAUCCGAAUAUCGACAGAAAAUUAUCGAUCUACAAGAACUUUCAAAGACUGUAAGCGACAAGUCUAUUUUUUAUAUUGCCGUGGGUGACCCGCCUUACUACAGAAAAAUCGGAAACCUUUUAAGACAGCGAUUCUGGGAGAUCAACCAUCGAACGCGUACUAUGGAUAUGAGUUUGCAAGUACCAUUCGAUACGAAAGGAAAGGAAUUUGAAGAGGAAGAAUCAGACAACUGUAUUGCAGAGUUUUUUGGUUCUAGGUGGCAGCCAAUUAAUAAUCGUUGCCCUGCCGUCUCAGAUGAUCAUUGGUAUUUCAUGCUUCAGAGCCUUUCAUGCAGCGUCUUGGGUUCGCAAAGUCCAGCGUAUGAAAGGCGGACAUGCCUACAGAUGUUUCAUGUACUGGUCUGUCCCAACUAUGUUGAUUAUAUGAUGAUCCACUCUCGCUGUUUUUAUUCCAUCCUUGUUCCCGUGGCUUCUUCGUGA